CAGGCGCAGGCAGAGGCUCCAAUGAGCAGGCGCCUGACAUGAUGGUAGUGAAGUCUAAUUUCCUGCCUUCUUCCUGCUCUGCACUGCAUUACUGAUAGGAAGCUGUCCUGUCCUCUGCCUCCAUGACUUGUGAGGUGGUGGUUUUGUAUUUUGCCAAAAGUUAUGAACUAACUGGUGUUCGUUUUGAAAACGUGGUUCUACCGCAAGAAAUUACUUCCAAAGAACUGUGGGAGAAAAUUGAAGCUCUACAUCCAAGGCUCUCCGCUAUUAGAGAUCACAUUGUCCUUGCUGUGCGUCAGGAAUACGUCGCCAUUGGCGAUGAUGUCAUAACUCUUCAUACUGGUGAUGAGAUAGCAGUAAUCCCCCCCAUCAGUGGUGGUUAACAUCCAGAAA